AUGGCAAAUCCUGUGUACAAAUCGCCUCCCAGAAACCGAUUGACUGUUUCUUCUCUCCUCUCCCCUCCGGAAAUGAAACGAUCUGAAUCCUUUGGCUCCUCAAUCGCACCCUCAACAGUCGCCUAUACCUCUUUCACCUCAUUCGCCUCCAACUCCGAGACCUCCAAGGCUGCAAUGGCCGACUACACAGUCGCUUUCGAACCUACCGCUUCUUCUGCAAACCGCGACGCCUACGCUUCCCCACCAAUCUCUCCGUACGACCGCCAAUCGCAGAAAGAGAACAUGGACACUUGCCCCAGCGACAAUGGCAUGCGUGACCCCCAAUUGUUCGUCCCCAGUGACGCCGCCAGCUCAAUCGCUCCCGAUGAGCCGCUCUUCCCCCAGGAUCCCAUGGACCCGCUCGCCCAGAGCCUCAUCAAGAAGCACAUGGAGUCUCCAGACUUCGCCACCCUUCCCAGCAAACCUGCCCGCGAGGACUAUGAACUUGCAGUCUCCUUCGUUUCAACCGUCUAUCAGUCAUACAACAAAAACCCACGAGCGUGGUUCCUGCAAGAGAGGGAGUUCGACCAGCGGUACGGCCGACCCAGCGGUAUCCAGAAGAGACCGGCCUUGAAGAAACUCGCUCCCGCCCCCUCCUCAGGACCCCGCAGGCAGAAGGUCGCUCUUCCACGCCUGCCACGCGCCCCUCGUGCUCCCAAGCGCACUCCUCAGGCCCGUGUUUAUGACUCUUUCGAUACUCUUCCUUCCUCGGCUUCGCCGAAGCCUGCACGACCUGCCACCAACCGAGAUGACACAGACUACACUGCUCUUCCGGACUUUUCGCCACCCCUAGAGUCUCUUCCAAAGGGCAACAACAAGAUUCUCAAGGCGGACUGGAAAGGUCAGGUUCUCGACCUCUCCAACGAUCCCGACCGUCACCUCUUGCACGAGGCUGAAGUGAAUCUCGCCGCUACGCUCCGUCUCAGCUGCGCCACCUAUCUCUGCAGUAAGCGCCGCAUCUUCCAGGCACGCAUCGAUGCCUUGAGAAUCGGCAAGGAGUUCCGCAAGACAGACGCCCAGCAGGCGUGCAAGAUCGACGUCAACAAGGCUAGCAAGUUGUGGCAAGCAUAUGAGAAGGUUGGCUGGUUCAAGCAGGAUUACUUCCGCCAGUUUGUCUAA